GAAAAAGCGAAAAUCGAUGAUUUUGCUCGCGUCGAUUCACGGCUACGGACGGGUCGGACUGCUGCGGUCUUACCUACGAUAUUUAGCGACGUCGACGGUGUCUGGAUUGAAAAUCGGAUUCAGAUUCGCGAUCGUUCAGUGAGUGAUUGUACGCCGGUAAUUGUGACUGUGGAUUUUAUCACCGGUGGUGGUUGUGGUGAUUGUGAUAAAAUUGGUGCGUUGAAAAUUUGGCUGCUCUCAAGAGGUUGCGCUGAUUGCUGGUGGUGGGUGAGCUGUGAAGAGGAGGCCCCUCGGACGGGGGCAGCAGUGCUGCCAGUUCGAUUGCCAACAGCAGAGUGUGUUUUCCUCAUGUACGGAUGACGGUGGUGAUUGGAAGAAAAUUUGCUACAAUUUCUUGUGAAUCCGGUCGUCGAAAUGGGGCCCCGUGAGAAGUGAAGAGUUUUCUUGGAGUGAAAAAGUGCUAGCGCUCCCUCUGGAGCUGGAGCUGCGCCCUCUUCAGUGAAGAAAAAUCCUCCACCGCAGGAGGAGAGAGCAGUGAUUCUGUGUGCGGCAGGGAAGUGUCUGGAAAAGGUGUUGGAUAUCCUGAUUGGGGUGGUUCCGGAGGAAAAACAAAGAGUCCUCCGGAUCUUGGAAGUUUUGGAAAAGUUCCCUGUCUGUGAAGAAAAAAAGAAACGUGUGUUUACAUAUGAGUGAGCUCUGCUCCCCAUCGGACGAAGAAUUGUGUUGAAGGAGAACGGGAGAAAGAGUGGUGCGACAGUGAGGAAGUACUAGCAGGAGCAGAAGAGUAGAUAUACAUUUCGGCUGAGGGCAAGGCAAGUGCUGGAAGGACCAGCACUGCGACUCCAGAGCAGGCAGAAUGGCGGCGGACCUUACGAGGCCGCCCUUUUGCGACAUCAAACGGCCCGAGGAGGUGGUGAAGAUGUCGAUGACGGACAAUCUCAAGUUCGCCGUCCUGAUCGGCCUGAUCGAGGUCGGUCAGGUCUCGAACCGGGAGGUGGUCAACACCGUGCUGCACCUGCUCGUCGGUGGCGAGUUCGACAUGGAGCUGAACUUCGUCGUUCAGGACGCCCAAAAUGUGAAACACAUGCUCGAACUGCUGGACCACUGUCCGGCCAAUCUGCAAGCAGAGGUGUGGAGCGUGUUCAUUGCCAUCCUCAAGAAGAGCGUCCGCAAUCUGCAGGCCUGUACGGAAAUAGGGCUGAUCGAGCAUGUGCUGGUGCGGCUGCCACGGGCCGAACCCAUUGUGGCGGAUCUGCUGAUCGAAAUGCUCGGGGUGCUGGCCAGCUAUAGCAUUACGGUGAAGGAGCUGAAGUUGCUGUUCGGUGCGAUGAAGGCCAUCAAUGGGAAGUGGCCUCGGCAUUCGGCUAAGCUGUUGAACGUGCUGAAGCAGAUGCCGCAUAGGAAUGGGCCGGAUGUGUUCUUCAGCUUUCCCGGACGGAAGGGAUCGGCUGUCGUCCUACCACCCCUGGCAAAAUGGCCUUACGAAAGCGGGUUCACCUUCACCACGUGGUUCCGGUUAGACCCGAUCAACUCGGUCAACAUUGAACGCGAGAAGCCCUAUCUGUACUGCUUCAAAACGUCCAAGGGCGUCGGCUACACGGCGCACUUCGUCGGCAACUGCCUGGUGCUGACGUCGAUGAAGGUCAAAGGCAAGGGCUUCCAGCACUGCGUCAAGUACGAGUUCCAGCCGCGCAAGUGGUACAUGAUCGCGAUCGUGUACAUCUACAACCGCUGGACCAAGAGUGAGAUCAAGUGCCUGGUGAACGGCCAGCUCGCGUCCAGCACCGAGAUGGCCUGGUUCGUGUCGACGAAUGAUCCUUUCGACAAGUGCUACAUCGGCGCGACGCCGGAACUGGACGAGGAGCGGGUAUUCUGCGGCCAGAUGGCCGCAAUCUACCUGUUCAGCGAGGCCCUGACGACGCAGCAAAUCUGCGCCAUGCACCGGUUAGGUCCCGGCUACAAGUCCCAGUUCCGGUUCGACAACGAGUGCUACCUAAAUCUGCCGGACAACCACAAGCGGGUGAGUUUCGACCCGGCCGCGAUCGGAGGUGGCGCCGGCGUCCUCGGCGGGUCAUCGUCCGCCGUGGUGUCUCCGGGCGCUGCUCUAUCGUCCCUCUCGCCGACACCGCCGGCUCCGAUCGAGUCCAACAUCCAUCGGAACUUGGUGGCCAACGCUGCCGCCAAAUCGGGCGGUGGCGCCACCGUCGCCGGCACCACUGGCAGCACUGCUGCUGCCUCCGGUGGUGGUGGUGGCGGUUCCGCUGCUGGAGCUGUCGCCGGUUCCAGCGGUUCGGUUGCCACGCUGGGCGGCAGCGGCCUUAUGCUAGACGCUUCCGGCGAACCGUUUGAUUUUGGCUCUGUCCUGUACGACGGCAAACUGUCCAGCGCCAUUGUGUUCAUGUACAAUCCGGUGGCCACCGAUGGCCAACUGUGUCUGCAAUCGGCCCCCAAGGGUAACCUUUCGUACUUUGUCCACACGCCCCAUUCUCUGAUGCUGCAGGACGUCAAAGCCGUGGUGACGCACUCGAUCCACUGUACGCUCAAUUCGAUCGGUGGAAUCCAGGUGCUGUUUCCGCUGUUUUCCCAGCUGGAUAUGCCCUACGAGGGCACCGACGUCAAGAAGGAUCCCACGCUGUGUGCAAAACUGCUUGGGUUCAUCUGUGAGCUGGUUGAAAGCUCGCAAACCGUUCAGCAGCAUAUGAUUCAGAACCGCGGCUUCCUGGUGAUCUCGUUCAUGCUGCAGCGCUCGUCCCGGGACCACCUGACGUCUGAGGUGCUCGGAUCGUUCCUCAGCCUGACCAAGUAUCUGGUCACGUGCCUGUCGGCUAACUCGGAUCUGCUGCUGAAACAGCUCUUCUGUUUCUCUUUCCUCACCUGGCAGCUGCUGGACCACGUGCUGUUCAACCCGUCGCUCUGGAUCUACACCCCGGCCACGGUUCAGGCCCGGCUCUACGCCUACCUGGCGACGGAGUUCCUCUCGGACACCCAGAUCUACAGCAACGUCCGACGGGUCAGCACCGUCCUGCAGACGGUCCACACGCUCAAGUUCUACUAUUGGGUCGUCAAUCCCCGGGCCAAGUCCGGCAUCACUCCGAAAGGCCUGGACGGUCCACGACCGGCCCAGAAAGACAUCCUAGCCAUCCGGGCUUACAUACUGCUGUUCCUGAAGCAGCUAAUCAUGAUUGGCAACGGCGUCAAGGACGACGAGCUGCAGAGCAUCCUGAACUACCUAAUGACGAUGCACGAGGACGAGAACCUGCACGACGUGCUGCAGAUGCUGAUAUCGCUCAUGUCCGAGCACCCCAGCUCGAUGGUGCCGGCGUUCGACGUCAAGCACGGCGUCCGAACCAUCUUCAAGCUGCUGGCCGCAGAGAGCCAACUGAUACGACUACAGGCGCUGAAGCUGCUCGGGUUCUUCCUGUCCCGAAGCACGCACAAACGCAAAUACGACGUGAUGUCUCCCCACAAUCUGUACACCCUGCUGGCGGAGCGACUCCUCCUCUACGAGGAAUCCCUCUCUCUGCCGACCUACAACGUCCUGUACGAGAUCAUGACCGAGCACAUCUCGCAGCAGAUACUGUACGCCAAGCACGCCGAGCCGGAAAGCCACUACCGCCUGGAAAACCCCAUGAUCCUCAAGGUGGUCGCUACCCUGAUCCGCCAGUCCAAGCAGAGCGAACAGCUACUCGAGGUCAAGAAGCUGUUCCUGUCCGACAUGACGCUCCUGUGUAAUAACAAUCGCGAGAAUCGCCGAACGGUGCUGCAGAUGAGCGUCUGGCAGGAGUGGCUCAUCGCUAUGGCAUACAUCCACCCGAAGAACUCCGAAGAGCAGAAGCUAUCGGACAUGGUGUACUCGCUGUUCCGGAUGCUGCUGCACCAUGCCAUCAAGUACGAGUACGGUGGAUGGAGAGUUUGGGUGGAUACGUUGGCGAUCGUGCACUCGAAGGUCUCGUACGAGGAGUUCAAGCUGCAGUUCGCGCAGAUGUACGAACACUACGAGAAGCACCGGACGGAUAACAUUACGGAUCCGGCGCUGAGGCAGCAGAGGCCGAUCAGCACGAUCAGCGGGUGGGAGAGGGGUGCUGGAGGUGAUCGAGGCGGUGGAGGAGACGAUGGUGGAGGGUUGGUGAAGGGUGAGGCGGUGGUGCCGGAAGCAUCGAAGAAGUGUAUCUGUGAACCGGAGGAAGCAGAGGAGGUUAAGGGUAAGGUUAGAGAAGUGAUAGAAAACGGUGAGGAGGAAGAGGAGGAGGAGGAGGAUGAAGAAGAGGAAGAGGAGGAACUGGAGGAGGAACAAGGCGAGGAAGAGAUGGAGGAGGAAGAGGAAGAUCUGUCACAAAGCGAACUGAAGAAGGCUUUGGAGAUCGGAUCGCUGAAGGACAGUCAGAACGUGUCGAAGCAAGUUGUGGAGAACAUUGUAGAGGAGAUCAUCAGCAAGUCGGAGAGUAUGCUGAAGGAAACGGAGGAGCUGCAAGAGGCCAAUGUCGAACAAACGACGUCGUCUCCCGUGAUCAAGGACGAGGAAAUCGAACUAGCUGUGAACGAGGUAGUACAGGGAGUGCUGUCACUCAAGACGUCCAGUGCAACGACGGCUGGAAGUACCGGUGAGGACGCGUUGAACAACAACGGAAGCAGCGACACUGACGAUGUCAUGCAGAAGACUGAUAGCAUAGCAGCAAGUGCAAUAACUAGUGGUAAUAGCAACAAUUUAAACAAUAAUAAUCUAAGUAGCAAUAGUGGUGGAGAAAGCCAGGAAGAACCAAUCGAAGAACAGGUUGAAGCCAUGGUAUCCAGCAUUGUGAAUGAAAUCGUAGACAACAGCCUCAAAGCGAUCGACAGCACAUCAGAUGCCAAUGAUAACGACCUUCCAGCGGAACCUCUCGCCAUGGAUCAGAGCGAAAUCGAAGCGCAGGUCAAGGAAGUGGUCGACUCGAUCAUCACCGAUGCGGUUCUGAAGGCCGAACAGAUUUCAACUCCGGAACCGGAUCAGGAUCUGGAACAGAUGAGUACCGAUUCUAGUCCGGAGAAGCUCGGUACUCUUUCGGCGGAAAUUUCCAAGAACGAAAUCCGUGCUGAAAUCAAGGAAGAACUGGAAGACGAAGAUCCACAGGAAGACGAUGAAGAGGACGAGGACAGCGAAGUUCCGGACACUCCGGUAACCGUAGCAACCGUGAUAAUGAAGGACGCAGUCACCCAGAGUCAUCCGGCAGCUGUGCCGACGGUUGCCACCAAGAACUCUCCGGUGUACUACGAUACUCCAACAGGGGCGGGCAGUUCUACCGGUUCCAGCAAACAGCAACGCUCGAAAUCCACCUCAAACCGUCCAAUGUUCUCGCCGGGACCUACCCGGCCUCCCUUCCGGAUUCCCGAGUUCAAGUGGUCCUACAUCCACCAGCGACUGCUGUCGGAUGUUCUGUUCUCGCUGGAGACCGACAUCCAGGUGUGGCGUUCGCACUCCACCAAGAGCGUUCUGGACUUCGUCAAUUCGGCGGAGAAUGCCAUCUUCGUGGUGAACACCGUGCAUCUGAUCUCGCAGCUUGCCGACAAUCUGAUCAUUGCGUGCGGAGGACUGCUGCCGCUCCUCGCCAGUGCCACUUCCCCUAAUUCCGAACUGGACGUCCUGGAGCCAACCCAAGGCAUGCCACUGGACGUGGCCGUGUCGUUCCUGCAGCGGCUGGUCAACAUGGCCGACGUGCUGAUCUUCGCCAGCAGCCUCAACUUCGGCGAACUGGAAGCCGAGAAGAACAUGUCCAGCGGUGGAAUCCUCCGGCAGUGCCUCCGGUUGGUGUGUACCUGCGCCGUCCGGAAUUGCCUCGAGUGCAAAGAACGGACCCGCGGUCUCUACAACGGAAUGUCCCUGAAGGACAUUCCCGGAGGGGCACACCUACAGGCACUGAUUCGCGGUGCGCAGACCACCUCCAAGACAAUCAUCGAAUCGCUGUCCGGGCCGAUGAGCCCGGUCAAGGACCCGGAGAAGCUGCUGCAGGACAUGGACAUCAACCGGCUGCGGGCGGUCAUCUACCGGGACGUGAAACGUCUGUUCCAGGAGGAGACCAAGCAGGCCCAGUUCCUCUCGCUGGCCAUCGUCUACUUCAUCUCGGUGCUGAUGGUUUCGAAGUACCGGGACAUUCUGGAACCGCCCCCGGAGCUGCAGAUCCACCGGAACUCCUCGCCGGUGAUGCAACGCCAAACGCCCACCCAAGACUCCAGCAAUCGUCCACUGUUCCCGCAAUGGUCGCACCACGUCUAUCCACAGUUCCUACCGGGUUCGCAUCCUAGCCACCAAUCGACGGCGAUGGCCACCGGGGCCGCUGCUUCCUCGUCAUCAUCUUCGUCGCUGAUGGCCAGCGCAACGGCUGCCGCUGCCGCCGCCCAAGCCGGUCCGCAACUGAUGAGCUCCUCCUCUUUGGCAGUGCACGGAGGAUCGAUUCCGCCGAACGCGGCCAACCUGCAGAUGAUGCACCACGGUAGUAACAAUACCAUCACUUCGUCGUCCUCGCAGACGACCUCUUCGUCGUCUUCGUCUUCGAUCGGUCUAAUGAACGGAACCAGCAGCAGCAACAACAACAACAACAACAAUGGCGGCCUGUCAGGUCCGACACUGAACGGACCCAUGGGUCCGAUGGUUGCCUACAAUGGUAACGGUAACAGCAAUGGUUACCCUAGCGAUAUGGUGGGUUGCUAUAGCGCCGUUACGGGCCAUCAUCAUCAUCAGCAACAGAUGGCGCAACAUAACCUCACCAAUAACAAUUCGCUGACGACGCUCAACUCGGGCUCGUACGGUCAGUCCCAUCUGCGUGGUCGGACCGGGGGACUCAACAACGGCCUCAUCGGGCACGGUCCGCUCGGAAGCGGAAAACUAGGGAAAGGACUCAAUAACGGUGAUAACCAUAUCUAUCAUUGUAACGGUAUGACAGGAAACCGCUCGCUUCAAGAUGGCGACUACGAAGUGAUUGUAGUGGACGAGAACAAUUCCUCCGUGAUAGCGGACAACGAUUCGCACUCGAGUGGGCCCCUCUCGAUCAAGGCCGCAACCUCCCGGCGGGCAUCAUCGGUCUAUGGGUCUCCGACAUCGCCCAAAAGUGACCACCAUGGUCACGACAAUGGUAACAGCAACAACACCCCCACUAACACCAGGUAUCCGGCAACUACCACUACAAUCACUACCACUAGCAUUAGUACGAUCGCCGAUCAACCUCUUUCGCCGGCGAAAACUCCUUCGAAACAGCAGCACGGCCAACCCAGCAAGAGCGUCGAUUCGGAUGCCGCCUCGCUCAACCUGAACUCCACGGAGAAUGACGCACCGGAGGUGGAAACCUCCAGCGAGAUCAUGGCCGACGACAACAAGCCGACCAACUCCAACGACGAGAGCUGGACCGACGUCAACCUGAACGACGAAGGUCCCACCGAUAGUACGAUCGUUCCCCCUGGUGCCAAGUCGCUGAUGCGAGGUGCCGACGUUUCCGGUCAAACCAACUCCGCCGGACAGCUGUCCGGUAUGGGACCGGGCGAUCACUCGAACAAACUGGAAUCGGACAUUUCGGUGGUUCGUGUCCCGGAUAAUUACCAAUCGUCCGCGGCGGCAGCACGUGGACGUCCCGAGGAUCUGAACCUGAAGGCUCCCUUCGUCGGGCAGAUCCCGAUGGCGAUCCCUUCGAGGGAAGCCAGUUUAACCCAGAAGUUGGAAAUCGCACUAGGUCCGGUUUGCCCGUUGCUGCGUGAAAUAAUGGUAGACUUUGCCCCGUUCUUGUCCAAGACCCUGGUCGGGUCGCACGGUCAGGAACUGCUCAUGGAAGGCAAAGGAUUGACCACGUUUAAGAAUAGUCACUCGGUCGUUGAGCUGGUUAUGUUGUUGUGUUCGCAAGAGUGGCAGAACAGUUUGCAGAAACAUGCCGGGCUGGCGUUCAUCGAGCUGAUCAACGAAGGUCGACUGUUGUCGCACGCGAUGAAGGAUCACAUCGUCCGGGUCGCCAACGAAGCGGAGUUCAUCCUCAACCGAAUGCGUGCCGACGAUGUGCUGAAGCAUGCGGACUUUGAGUCGCAGUGCGCUCAGACGCUGCUGGAACGCCGCGAAGAAGAGCGGAUGUGCGAUCACUUGAUCACGGCUGCCCGAAGGCGGGACAACGUGAUCGCUAGCCGGCUGCUGGAGAAGGUCAGGAACAUUAUGGGUAACCGGCAUGGAGCGUGGGGUGAUAGCAGUGGAGCCUAUCAGAAGCAGAUCUUCUGGAAAUUGGACGCUUGGGAGGACGAUGCCCGGCGAAGGAAACGAAUGGUUCAGAAUCCCAGAGGGUCUAGCCAUCCCCAGGCUACCCUCAAAGCGUCUCUGGAGAAUGGUGGAGGUGAAGAAGGCCGAGAAGCAACGCGGGAGGAAAUCUACUCGCAGAUUGCGGUGCCACGAUCGCAACAACCCGACCUGCUGGACGAUUCCGAGCUGCUGAUCGAAGAUCGUGAACUUGAUCUGGAUCUUACCGGCCCGGUUAACAUAAGCACCAAGGCGAAACUUAUUGCGCCCGGUUUGGUGGCACCCGGAACGAUGUCAAUUACCUCGACGGAGAUGUACUUUGAAGUGGACGAGGAAAAUCCCGAAUUCCAGUGCAUUGACCAGGAGGUCUUGAAAUACUGUGAUCAUCUACACGGCAAGUGGUACUUCUCUGAAAUCCGGGCGAUCUUCUCCCGUCGGUAUCUGCUGCAGAACGUGGCGCUGGAGAUUUUCCUGGCCAGCAGGACUUCGAUCCUGUUCGCGUUCCCCGAUCAACACACGGUGAAGAAGGUGAUCAAGGCUCUGCCGCGAGUUGGCGUCGGUAUCAAGUACGGCAUUCCGCAGACUCGUCGUGCCUCGAUGAUGUCUCCGCGGCAGUUGAUGCGCAACUCCAACAUGACCCAGAAGUGGCAGCGCCGCGAAAUUUCCAACUUUGAGUAUCUAAUGUUCCUGAACACGAUCGCCGGUCGAACCUACAACGACCUCAACCAGUACCCGGUGUUUCCUUGGGUGCUCACCAACUACGAAUCUCGGGAACUGGAUCUCAGCCAACCAUCCAACUACCGAGAUCUGUCUAAACCGAUCGGAGCACUUAAUCCUUCCCGACGUGAAUACUUCGAGGAGCGAUACGAGAGCUGGGACACCCCAGGAAUCCCUCCGUUCCACUACGGCACCCACUAUUCCACUUCGGCGUUUGUGUUGAAUUGGUUGAUCCGGAUGGAACCGUUCACAACCAUGUUCCUAGCGUUGCAGGGCGGAAAAUUCGAUCAUCCCGAUCGACUGUUCUCCUCUAUCGCCCUUUCGUGGAAAAAUUGCCAACGUGACACCUCGGACGUCAAAGAGCUGAUUCCCGAAUGGUACUUCCUACCGGAGAUGUUCUACAACUCGUCGGACUACCGACUGGGACAAAGGGAAGACGGUAACCUAGUCAGCGACAUCGAACUACCCCCCUGGGCCAAAACUCCAGAAGAGUUCGUCCGCAUCAACCGGAUGGCUCUGGAGUCCGAAUUCGUUUCCUGUCAAUUACACCAAUGGAUCGACCUGAUCUUCGGCUACAAGCAACGCGGACCGGAAGCGAUGCGUGCCACCAACGUAUUCUACUAUCUAACCUACGAAGGCAGCGUCGAUCUGGACACGAUCACCGACCCGGUUACACGCGAAGCCAUCGAAAACCAGAUCAAGAACUUCGGUCAAACCCCGAGCCUUCUGCUGAUGGAACCACAUCCUCCGAGAAGUUCAGCUAUGCACCUGUCGCCGAUGAUGUUCAACACGAUGCCCGAUGACGUGUGCAUGUCGCUGAAGUUCCACCUGAACUCACCGAUCAUCCACAUCUCGGCCAACACGUACCCACAACUGCCACUGCCUUCGGUUGUGACCGUCACGGCUGGUCACCAAUUCGCAGUCAACCGCUGGAACUGUCAGUACACCGCCAGCAUCCAGAGUCCAAGCUAUGCCGAAUCGUCACAGAAUGUCAACACCAAUCUGCCGCUGACGAUGGAUCCGCUGCUUUCUCAAAUCAACGGUCACAACAACAGCCAGCAGCAGAACCGGCGCCACCUCGGCGACAACUUCAGCCAAAAGCUGCGCAUCAAAUCGAACUGCUACGUCACUACGGUGGACAGCCGGUUUCUGAUUGCGUGCGGCUUCUGGGACAAUAGCUUCCGGGUGUUCUCCACGGAAACGGCCAAGAUCGUGCAGAUCAUCUUCGGCCACUUCGACGUGGUGACGUGCCUGUCGCGGUCCGAGUGCAACAUCACCUCCGACUGUUACAUUGCGUCCGGAUCGGCCGACUGUACCAUACUGCUGUGGCAUUGGAACGCCCGAACGCAGAGCAUUGUUGGGGAGGGAGAGAUCCCGACACCUCGGGCAACGUUGACCGGUCACGAGACUUCAGUUACAUCGGUUGUGAUCAGCGCAGAGUUAGGACUAGUGGUUUCCGGAUCGAUAAACGGACCGGUCCUAGUCCACACAACGUUCGGUGACCUUCUGCGUUCCCUAGAAGCUCCAACUCACUUCAUCUCGCCGGAGAACAUCACCCUCUCGCGGGAAGGUUUCAUCGUCGUAAACUACGACGAAGGAAACGUGGCCGCGUACACGAUCAACGGCAAGCUGCUGCGGCACGAAUCCCACAACGACAAUCUACAGUGCAUGCUCCUUUCGAGGGACGGAGAAUAUCUGAUGACCGCCGGAAACAAAGGAAUCGUCGAGGUUUGGCGGACGUUCAAUCUGGCACCACUGUACGCCUUCCCGGCGUGUAACAGCGGAAUCAGGUCGCUGGCGUUGACGCACGAUCAGAAGUACCUCCUGGCGGGGCUGGCCACCGGUUCCAUCAUCGUGUUCCACAUCGACUUCAACCGUUGGCACCACGAGUACCAGCAGCGCUACUGAAACUCGUCCCUUCGGUACGUCUCGAUCACGAGCCAGGGCGAAGCCGAACUGCAAUACCAGCAACACGGCGGAAAAACUGGCAACACUACCACCAACAACACUACAACAGACAGCAGCAGCGAUCGGGACUCACUGGUUGUCGUGUUCUAAUGGGAGAACGGGAUGGUCGCGCACGUGAGUAGUGUAAAAGAGAGGCCAAAAUAAUGAUAUAGAUGGGCAGUUGUUACUUAUUUUAAUAAAGAGUAUGACGAAAAGGGGAGAGGGCGUAACGCUAAAAGCUGAAGCGUGCGAGUAGCAUAGAUUUAGGGAAGAAAAGCUUUUAACGGUUCAAAUAGCGGGCUUGAAAACAUGAGAAAUGCAAAGCAGAAAUUCUUGAAAAACACGUUUAGACUCCUUUUAGAUCGUAAGCAGAGUUCUAUCGCACCGAAAGGGAUGCAAAACAAGCCGAAAGUUGAAGAACAAUGCCAAAUUUGAUGUAUUCACCACAACCACAUAAACAGACAGACACACAGUCUUUUAAUCACACACAGCAAUCGGAUAGGACGACGAUUCAAGCGAAACAAGGAAGCAGCUUUUAUCAAUACGAAACCAAAACAAACGCGCGCACGAAGGGGUGCGCAUCGUAUGCCAAAUGUAAAAUAAAUUCCAACUAAAACCCAGAGAAGACAAUUUUAAAAACAAUAUGCGGAAGAAACCGACCCCGAAGAAGGAGAUGGGGACGUGGCAGAGGGAAGAAACGUCGGUAGCAGAUUUUACGAUCUCGCGAGAGGCGAGACGCAAAAUGGUUCUUCUGAGGUUAUCCGUCCGCAAAUAUUUACAUAUAAACCUUAAACACGAAAGUAAAAACCGUAAAUCUAGCAGCACUGAACAACCGCAACAGCAGCACUUUUUAAAUGCCACUUCUGAAACGCUAGUUUUUUCAGCAUUAUCCAACUGCGGCAGUGUGAGGAACAGAGACAGAGAGCGACGCUGCAGGUGGACACACUGUCAAUACUUAGUAUACAUAGUAGAGUGGAGGAACAGUUCUAAGAAACAUAAUUAACAUGUAAAACUAUUCACGUGCCAAGCAUUUUUUGAAAAAAUCCUGCCCAGAUUUACCGUUAAACAAGAGAAUGAACACCGUAAAAUGUAACUUGAAACAACUGCAAUUACAGCUGAAACAGCAAUGUGCAACAACAGCAGACUAGCGAGCUUCAAGCUUACCGUUCGUUUAAUUGGCAAAACUGCAAACGUAAUGGACGGAACAACUGGCAACACUGGAAACCAAUAAAUGUGUGUGAAAGUAACCCCCAUAAAGAGACAGAAAGACAGAGAGUGCGUCGUAAAUUUCCGUCCAAAUCUAGCUUGCUUUUUGUUGGUAAGAGUAACACAGACAAGCACACGCGCACCACCGCACACACACAGACAUAUGCUUGAAUGUAUGUGUAAACUUUCGUCAAUCACACCGAUAAUAACACGAACACCGCAAGCGUUUGUUUGUAUACUUAAACUUUUUUUUACCAUGGAAACGUCAACGAGAAAAGACAAGGCGGAAGAGACGACAAAGCCAGCGAUGGAAUCCAAGCGCGUUUCGACGAACGCUUGACCGACUUUUUCAUCGCUAUCGGAUCUAAACUUCAUCAAGAAAGAUGUCAGCUUCUGAGAAAUUACCCGAGUACUUAACGAAAGACCCUUAUCCCUUAAAGACUAGUCGUAAUUCACGCUAACGUAUUAACGGCAAACAGAUUUCGUCCAAAAUUUUCAGCAUUUUUCUUAAGGUGUAAACAUUCCUGUUAUUUACUUCAAAAAAACAUGUUUGCUCAUUCCAAUUCCCCUCCUAGCGAUGCAAUUACGAGUGAAAAACGAUAGAUCUAGACUGAAAUGUGAGAAAAAACGCGCAGAUGUGGAAUGCUUCUGACGAGGAACCAUUCCAUUGUUGUUGAUAGUGAGAAACAUGAUGGCGAAAUUUUACGUUUCGUUUGGAAAACCAGUACUUAAAUUAGUAGUCAUCGAUGCGUGUGCGUGUACUUAAGUCGCACGAUUUUAGUCCCUAAGUUGGUGUUGGUAUAGCUUUUAUUCCUUAUUAGAUUAGAAUGGCCGAGAAACAAAAAACAAAAUGGCGGAUGGAUUUUUUGAUGUGACACUCUAGCUAGAUUAUUGAAAGGCGCGCAUAAGUGCAUUCCCAGUUCACGCUUUAUUAUUGAUUUAGUUGGUUCUUCGCUACUUCAUCUCACCGCCGCCACAGAACGCAAUGCUAGUUUGUAGAACUUAAGCAUAAAAUUUUGCACCGCGCUGCUAGCACAGGCAAGUAGUAGUUAAUGAUGAUACUUUUGAAAAAAUAAACUAGUUAAAACUUAGAAUCUUAGCAGAUAAAAAAACUACGAGAUAGCUACUUUACCCCCCAUUCCCCCACAAGUUGUUUAAUGAGAACAUAAGCAAAAAAACUGCGUAUAAUUUUAUCGACUAUCAUAAAUAAAAUGUGUUUUAAACAAAACAAAACAAAAGUCUAGUUGAGCGUUUUGGAUAACUUAAACAAAAAAACAAACGCUUCAUUAGAACAAACGCUUCAAUUAAGGGUAAUCCAAACGCGCGAUGUUUUCAAUAAACAAAAAAUAACAGUUUUAUAACGAACGUCAGUUUAAAGUAUCCUCCCCGCCCAGCAAAUCACCUUGUGCAAACUGGAAAAAGAAAUCUUCACCUUAAUUUUAAACUAACGCUAAGCAAACAGAAAAAAAACCAGUUACAUCAACAAAGCAAAGAACAACAGCCAGUCUUAGUCUUGUGAAUUAUUAUUCUAUAGCAUAGUAAACAGAGUAACAAUGUUGACCGCAAACUUGUGAAAAAUCUAACGCUAAUGAUAGUGAAGUAAAGACACACACCGAGCAUUUACAUAAGCAAAGAAGAAAACAACGUGAAAGUUCGCAUACAGACAGACAGACAGACGCAAAUGGUAGGUACGCAGCAAACAGCAGUUCUAAAGCAAAGUGAAUAACAUACAUACACCUUUAAAUUUAAUAAAACAAAUAGGACUAAACUAAGAGCAAAAGGUAAUAAGAAUAUAUUUUGUGACACACAUUAUUGAUAUACGCAAGAAGAACAACAACUCAACAACAAGAAAAACACACACAAACAUAAGUCUAUUCAGAUCGGAGGAAAGUAACCUAGAAAGAGGAGAAGCCAUACAUAGAACACAGUCGUCACUAACACGCGGAUGGUAGAUAAAUAGCAUACCGUACACAAACACACCUACCUACACACAUAAGCACGGUGUAAGCAAGUGAAGAAAACCCAGAUAAAAAACAUGAAGACAUAUUGGAUAUUGCAUUUGAACUAAGUGGUAAGUAUUGAGCAGGUACUUAAUGGAGGUAAUACUUAAGCGAUAACAAAAACAAAAACAACAAAAGAAAAAUAAAAGUUUAAACGGUUAAAAAGAAGCUGCAAAACGUCGCAAAUGCCACAGAACAAAAUCUAAUUAUGAAAAGAAAAAUCAACUAGUGAAGCAGAUACACACAAACACAGAAAGACACUGAUACAGACACGGGAGGGGAGAAAAUCAAAGAAGCAUUGUUACUAAGCCCAAUUUAUUGUACAAUAAAUUAACUAAAAUUAAUCGAG